GGCGCGGGGGGGCGCGGGCGGCGCCGCCAUGAACGCCGCGGUGGUGAGGCGGACGCAGGAGGCCCUGGGGAAGGUGAUCCGGAGGCCGCCGCUGACGGAGAAGCUGCUGAGCAAGCCCCCGUUCCGCUACCUGCACGACAUCAUCACGGAGGUGAUUAGGAUGACCGGUUUCAUGAAGGGCCUCUACACAGACGCGGAGAUGAAGUCUGACAACGUUAAGGAUAAAGAUGCAAAAAUUAGCUUCCUUCAGAAGGCCAUAGACGUGGUGGUGAUGGUUUCAGGAGAGCCACUGUCAGCAAAACCAGUGCGCAUCGUGGCCGGGCACGAGCCUGAAAGAACAAACGAGCUGCUCCAGAGAAUUGGAAAAUGCUGUCUCAGCAAGCUCCCCAGCGACGAGGCGGUGAAGAGGGUGUUAGCUGGAGAGAGGAGUGAUCUGAAAGGAAGGACCUCCCUGACGUCAAAAUCUCAGGAAUUGGACAACAAGAAUGCACGAGAAGAAGAGCCCGGAGUUCAUAAAGAUAAAGAGGAUAAAAGGAACUCUGAAAUAAAUGAGAGAAGUACAAGCAGAGAUGGAAAACAGAAAGAAGUGAAGGAAGAAAGCAAAGCAAGAGAGAAGGACAAGGAGAAGGAGAAGACAAAGGAGAGUGACCAUGAUAGACAUAAAGAUCCUGAGCGAGACAAGCACCGCGAAGGGGAGCGAGAGCGAGCCAGGAGCCGGGCCAAGCAGGACAGAGACCGAGGCAACAGAGACCGGGACAGGGAUCCAGACCGUGACAGGGAGAGGAGGAACGAGGGAGGGAAGGAGAAAGAGAAGUGGAAAGACCGAGAGAGGGAGCGCGAGCGAGAUAAGGCCCGGGACAGGGACAGGGACAGACGGAAGGUGAAGGACGGGGAGCACUCCCGGGAGCCCGACCGGGAAAAGAGCAGAGAGCCCGACAAGCCAGAGAAGAAGUCCUCAAGUUCGGGUGAGAUGUCUAAAAAGUUGUCAGAUGGAUCCGUGAAAGACUCCAAAGUUGAAGCAGAGACUGAGAUUUCCGCCAGAGCAUCCAGGUCAGUGACAACAAAAGCAUCAAAACGGCGAUCCAAAAAUUCAAUGGAAGGAAGAAGGGACUCUAGAACCAGUGAAAAUAGUCUUUCCCUUGAACAUAACUCUUCCUACAGUAAAGCUAAGAAGGAGCAUGCCGUGAAACAGCUCGAUCCCAUAGUGUCUGGAUUAAAUAAUGAAGCAGAUCAGGAAACUAUGUCUUCAGAAAUCGGAACCAAGGAAGCUAAUACUUCCGCAGCUAGUGUUUCAGAUGAUAAUUCAGCUGGUCUGUGGCGCCAGAGCCUUGAGCCAGAGCCAGCAGUGAAGCAGAAAGGAGACUCCCCUAGUGAUGCAGAAGGAGAAGUUGGACCUCCUGGCCCGGAGAAGUCUGAGGUGUCAGAGAGUUCUGAGCUGCCGAGCGAGCUUCCAGCCAACAUCAGAAGAAUACCUCGGCCCGGGAGUGCGAGACCAGCACCUCCCCGGGUGAAGCGCCAAGAUAGCGUGGAAGCUCUGACGCCUGACAGGACAGGGAGUGGUAAAAUCGUCGCCAGCGUGAUUGUGGACACGCAGAACUCUGACAAUGAGGAAGACGAUCAGUUUGUGGUGGAAGCUGCCCCCCCGCUCCCUGAGAUGUCAGAACUUGAAAUGGUGCCCGCGGUGGACGUAGAGGACGAGGAGAAGCACGGAGGACUUGUGAAAAAAAUUCUGGAGACCAAGAAAGAUUAUGAGAAGUUACAGCGGUCACCCAGACCUGGAGAGAAGGGCAGCCACAGGGACGAACUUGGUGUGAGCCAUACUUUAAACGCAGCUGCCUCUGCUCGGGAGAAAUUGCUUGUCUUUGAGUCAGCAUGGAAGAAGGAGAAGGACAUAGUUUCCAAGGAGAUAGAGAAGCUGCGUGUGUCCAUCCAGACCCUGUGCAAGAGUGCGCUCCCCCUGGGGAAGAUCAUGGACUACAUCCAGGAGGACGUGGACGCCAUGCAGAACGAGCUGCAGCUGUGGCACAACGAGAAUAAGCAGCACGCCGAGGCCCUGCAGAAGGAGCAGAGCAUCACGGACUGCGCGGUGGAGCCCUUGAAGGCCGAGCUGGCUGAGCUGGAGCAGCUGAUUAAGGACCAGCAGGACAAGAUCUGCGCCGUGAAGGCCAACGUCCUGAAGAACGAGGAGAAGAUUCAGAGGAUGGUGUACAGCAUCAAUCUGAGUUCGAGAAGGUGAAAGCUCAGACGUUUCAAAAGCUGGAAAUCUUCCUCAGUCUGACAAUAAAAAGGAAGAUAGAAUGCCAGUACUCUUUUAAGUGCAGUUUCCUAAGAAAAUGAAGUUUUCAGCGUCGUCCAUCCAAUGUGCGGUCUCAAAGCUCCGCACUUGAGACCACAGGCACGCCCAUGUGUAGAGGGGCCGUGCGUCCGCACCUUCCUCCAGUGGGGUAUCGCCGUGCAGACGCGUGCUCUGCGUGUGUGCAGCGGCCUGUCCUGCUCAGUCCUGCGCCAGGAUCCUCCAGCAGGUGAGUGGUGGUGGCGUGCCAGGGGACCGGCGGCCUUCCUUUCAGGUCUUAGGUCUGGUGACCGGACCCUGCGUGGAGCAGGUGAAGGAUGACUGCUCCUGAUGGGCACUGCAAGUCGAAUGGGGCCUGAAAAUGAGUCCGCUCCAUUUUGAGUUUGCUUCCCCUUGGAGAGGGUUCACUUCAGGCUGUAUCUCUAUAAAGUACACGUGAGUUUCUUUGGCAGUUUCUCCUCAGCCCCUACGGCCUCUGGCUUCUGUGUCCUGCCUUAAAGUUCAUUCAUUUAAGGAGAUUUUAGUAUGUCCUUCGUGGACAUUUGCCCCCAGGGUGUUCCCCAGGUAGGGAGCAGUGACUCCGGGGGGCUCGCACUCGCCUGCGCCCGCGGCCUUGGCAUCCUGCCUGGUCCUCCCCUAGACGUGUGAUCCUAAGAGGCGAGUAGCUCGGGGCAGACAGCUGAAGGGAGGCUUCAGGGGACGCACUGAUUUGCAACAUUUUUUUUGAUGUUACCAUUUUUUUGGAAAUUGUUUUUUAAAGCAAGGGUUUUUUUUAGAACAUGGUUUAUAUUUAGUUUUUCACUCACAUAUGGUGUUGUAAAUACUUAGGAAAGUCUUAAGUUUGUAUAUAAAGGAUUCCAGUGUUUGGAGACAUACAGGUCGUAAGGUCUGGGUCCCGAUACUGUUAUUUCUAGAUAUUUAUUGUGCAAACCACACGGUGCCAUUUAAAUGUUAGAAUUGCCUGAGAAAGUUCUGCUUCUUUAAGGAUUAGCACAGAUGGCACAGGUUAGGUUUCCUUACUGUGAUUUCCAGAAUAAAUCCUUUUCUAAGGUGGUUAUAUGAUUUCCCAAGCUGAGUAAGUUCCAGAUCAGCUUAAGCUCUGCCGUUCUGACACGUUGGCCACUUUGUCAUUUCUACCGUGCACCAUAAAAUUGUUUGAUCAGAUCGCACUGAAUGCAUUAUUGGAGGUGGGAGGGGUGUCAGUUCAUGAGUCCCCCAUAUACCUGUCUCUUUUCUUCUGAGUUGAACAACUUAGCCACAACCCUCAAUUGACCGUUUUGCUUCAAGAUGUGUCUGCCUUUUAUGAAUUUGUACAUACGAAUAGAAUUGUUGUGUUGCAAAAAAAAAACUGCAUACAUUUUAUGUGAGUAGAAUUUUGUAUGAAAGUUUAUCAAAUUGUAUCAUAAAAUUUAUUUUUAUUUUAUACAUAAAUCAUUAAAAACAAUCACAUAUUUUUUCUAUAA